AUGACAGCAACAAGUCAUGAAGAUCAAAAAGAUCUUGAAAAACUUUUCGAAAUUAUUCGUCAUGUUAAAUUUGCAAUGUUAACAACAGUUAAUGAAGAUGGUACACUUCAUAGCCGACCAAUGAUUAAUAAACAAGCUGAUUCAUUCCAUGGUGAACUUUGGUUUUUUACACAUCGAAGCACACAUAAGAUUACAGAAUUAAAAAGGGGUUCAGAAGAAGUCAAUGUAUCUUAUGCAGAUUCUGAUCAUCAUUCAUAUGUUUCAAUUAGUGGUCGUGCUAAUUUAGUUGAUGAUAAUACAAAAAAGAAGGAUUUAUGGAAUGAUUCUCUUAAAAUUUGGUUUCCAAAUGGACUUGAUGACCCUGAUUUAACAUUGCUUCGUAUUAAUAUUGUCGAAGCAGAAUAUUGGGAUUCAUCAGCAUCAAUUAUGAAAAAACUAUACGGAUUAGCUAAAGCAGCUAUUCUAGGUGAUCAUUCAUCGUUAGCUGCUGAAAAUAAAAAACUCACUUUAACUUAA